AUGUGCAGCCCAGAACCUCUAACUCCACCUCGGAGCGGGCUCGCAUCCUCGCAUACGGAGGAGACCAUGGGAGGGACGGCUCGGGAGAGCCCGGAGGACUGCCGCUUUCUGGACGCGGAAGCAUCCAAGACGCGAAAGAAGACCUGCACCAGAUACCAGAUCUGCGGGCUGCUCUUCAGCGUGCUGCUCAUUUCUCUUAUUCUGAUAUUUUUUGGUGUCAAAUAUCUCUGGAGCCCAACACCCAGAAAAGUUUACGACAUGGAACACACGUUCUUCAGCCACGGCGAGAAGAAAAAGAUUGUGAUGGAGAUUGACCCUCUGGCCAGGACGGAGACCUUCAGGAGCGGGAAUGGCAGCGAGGAAAUUCUGGAGAUCCAUGACUUCAAAAAUGGAAUAACUGGUAUCUUCUUUGUGGGACUUCAAAAAUGUUUCAUCAAAACUCAGACUAAAGUCCUACCUGAGACGACAGAGGCCAAGAUCCCCGAGCUCGAGGGAGAAGAAAUCACGACCACCUACUUUGAGCAGUCCGUGGUCUGGGUGCCUGGGGAAAAGCCCAUUCAGAACAAGGAGUUCCUGAAGAGCUCCAAAAUUUUUGACAUUUGCAGAAAUGUGACCAUCUACUGGAUCCACCCCACGCCAAUAGCAGCUCCUGAGCUGGCUGACCUUGAAGGGGCAGAAGAAGAAGACCCUGAGCUGCUGAUGGAGAACCAGAGCUGGUUGGAUGGGGGGAGUGAACAUGAGGUGGAGAAGGAUGCACAGACAGGGCCCAAGCGUCAGGCACGGCAGCUCACCGAGGAGGACCUGCCCAUCAACGACUAUUCGGAGAACGGGCUGGAGUUCCACCCCUUGUGGGAUGAGCGAGGCUACUGCUGUGCCCAGUGCCGCCGUGCCAACCGCUACUGCCGGCGGGUCUGCGAGCCCCUCCUGGGCUACUACCCCUACCCCUACUGCUACCAGGGCGGGAGGGUCAUCUGCCGGAUCAUCAUGCCCUGCAACUGGUGGAUCGCACGGAUGCUGGGCAGAGUGUAGCACCCGCCAUGUAGUGCCCAGCACUUGGGUGCUGCCCCAUGCCCGCCUGCCGCAUCACCACCCAUCCGGAUGACACGGCCGACGCGCAGGUCAUUAGCUGCUUGAUUGCCGGUGAGCGUGCGAGCCCACCGGCCGCGGCACCCUCACCGAGCACAC